UGUGGUCUUGCUGAGGAUGAGUUUUAGUACUAUCGAAUUCCUUGCCUUUAUAGUCAUUGUGAUCAAUUGCACUGCACUGAUGGGAGUGGAAAUCACAUAAAAUAGAUGUGGUAGUUGCAGCUGCAGAUACGUAUUUGGGUGUGAGAGAUUUUAGUGCAGAAGAAGUUGAGGGAAGUGGUUCCAUCCUCCAAGGCAGACGGCCUGGUGUAGGAUCGUUUAGGGCCAAAGUAGUGGGAUGGUGUGGUGAGUUUUUGGGGGAUAGUGAAUCGGUACAGGAUUAAAUGGUGCAAUUUAAGAUUUUCCCAUUCUCCCUUUCCCAGUUUUUUUUGUGUGACCUAAAUGUGAAAUCCUUACCCCAACCUGCGAUAGGCAGCAAUACGCAAGAGUGUCUUGUCUCCAAAUAUGUUUAUGUCAACCAAGAUAGACCACAUCGUGUUGUUUCCAAUGGGAGUCAUAGUGGGCAGAGCCAAGCACGCGCUAGUGAUAUCCUAUUGGCGUGUUCCAGCAAACCUGAAUAUUUCCUUUAGGCAACGCCUAAUCGGUGAAGCGCUUGUGCGCAUUAACUCAAUUUGCCUUUGGAUUCCUAAGCAAACGUUGUCCACUCUGUUCAUAACAGAUUGUAGUUUGAGGAACAGAAAACUGUAUUGAGAUAAAAUGUUUAAUGAAUGAGAAAAUAUGCCGAAUUUCGGCCAAAACCCAUAUCGUUCCAUUUUCUCCCACUCUCUGCCAGUGGGCUUUCCUCUCAUUACCAUAUUUAUACAUCCAAUGAAAUAUAUGUCGCAUUGUCCUGUCUGUGAUGUCGCAUUUGCUCUGUUGCAGUGGUGGAACAGGAAGUUCCGGGAAGGCGCCAGAACUGUGUCGUGAAGACGAUAUAUUUUGUGUCCGUUUCACAUGUAUUACUACAGGUCAAGUCUGAGGUAGGUAAACAUCAACAGUGAGGACAAACCCAGCUUGCCUCUCUCCUUCUCUCCUUCUACAGUCACUGGGUCCUGAUUGUGACAGUGGAGCCCAGUUUGCACAGCAGGAUCCAGAGAUGGCAUCAGUGAAGCUGGAAGACUGCAGUCAAACACUGGAGCUGAAUGUCAACAUUAAAGAUGAAGAAGAGGAGGAGAAGAUUGGCAAAUCUGUUUAUGAUGGCCGACUCAGAUCAAGUCUGAGGCCAGUAACAUCAACAGUGAGGACAAACCCAGCCUGCCUCUCUCCUUCCACACUGAGUCCAAACCUUCAGUCACUGGGUCCUGAUUGUGAAUAUCGAGACCAGUUUGUACAGCAGGAUCCAGAGAUGACAUCAGUGAAGCUGGAAGACUGCAGUCAAACACUGGAGCUGAAUGUCAACAUUAAAGAUGAAGAAGAGGAGGAGAAGAUUGGGACAUCUGUUUCUCAUGGAGACCACGUUGAGACAUUCUCUACAUCCAGAGAGCAACAGCAGGAAGAUCACAGAGCUAAGAGGUCUCACCACUGCCCACAUUACCGACCAAGGUCAAGUCUGAUUCCGGUAACAUCAACAGUGAGGACAAACCCAGCCUGCCUCUCUCCUUCCACACUGAGUCCAAACCUACAGUCACUGGGUCCUGAUUGUGACAGUGGAGCCCAGUUUGCACUGCAGGAUCCAGAGAUGGCAUCAGUGAAGCUGGAGGACUGCAGUCAAACACUGGAGCUGAAUGUCAACAUUAAAGAUGAAGAAGAGGAGGAGAAGAUUGGGACAUCUGUUUCUCAUGAUAAAGGAGACCACGUUGAGACAUUCUCUACAUCCAGAGAGCAACAGCAGGAAGAUCACAGAGCUAAGAGGUCUCAUCCCUGCCCACAUUGUGAGGAGAUUUUCCCAUUUCUAUCAAAACUAAAAAUACACCUAAAAAUACACACAGGAGAGAAUCUGUAUUCCUGUACUGACUGUGGGAAGAGUUUAAAAACAUCACAGGCUCUGACAGUUCAUCAGAGAGUGCACACUGGAGAGAAACCUUACUCCUGCUCUGAUUGUGGGGAGCGUUUCUCUCAUCAGAGCAACUUAAAAACACACCAACGUAUACACACAGGGGAGAAGCCUUACUACUGCUCUGACUGUGGAAAAUGUUUCACAACAUCAACUGGGCUAAGAGUUCAUCAGAGAACACACACAGGAGAGAAGCCUUACUUCUGUUCUGACUGUGGGAGGAGUUUCAUAACAUCAAGGACUCUGACAGUUCAUCAGAAAAUGCACACUGGAGAGAAACCUUACUACUGCUCUGAUUGUGGGGAGAGUUUCUCUCAACAGAGCAAUUUUAAAACACACCAACGUACACACACAGGAGAUAAGCCUUACUACUGCUCUGACUGUGGGAAGGGUUUCUCUCAACAGAUCCACUUAAAAUGUCACCAGCGAAUACACACAGGAGAGAAGCCUUACUCCUGCUCUGACUGUGGGAAGGGUUUCUCCCAACAGAGCAACUUAAAAUGUCACCAACGCAUACAUAAGGGAGAGAAGCCUUACUCCUGCUCUGACUGUGGGAAGUGCUUCACAACAUCAACUGAGCUAAAAGUUCAUCAAAGAGGACACACAGGAGAGAAGCCUUACUCCUGCUCUGACUGUGGGAAGAGUUUCUCCCAACAGGGCAGCUUAAAAAUACACCAACGUAUACAUAAAGGAGAGAAGCCUUACUCCUGCUCUGACUGUGGGAAGUGCUUCACAACAUCAACUGAGCUAAAAAUUCAUCAAAGAAGACACACAGGAGAGAAGCCUUACUCCUGCUCUGACUGUCAGAAGAGUUUCUCCCAAUUGGCUACCUUAAAAACACAUCAACGUAUACAUAAAGGCAAGAAGCCUCAUCAAUUGUCUCAGGCAAGUUAAGAUUAGUCACUCCAUCGCUUCAGUCUCAUCUCGUAAAGGAAGUGGUAACAGGGAAUUUGAUAACAUUAAGACGAACACUCUAUUGUAAUCCUAAUGUUUCUCAUUGACAACUGUGCAGAGGGGAUGGUGCUGGAGAUGAAUAUUCAAUUGAAUAUGAUGUUGAAACAUUUAAACAUUUUCCUUUUAAGGCAAAAACAAAAGGAGGGUGAUUGGUUGGUCGGGGUGGAUGGGUCAGCAUAUAACAUGAACGUAUUGCAACCCAAAGGUUUCAUGUUCGAAUCUCAUCAUAGACAACUUUUGCAUUUCAGCUAAUAAGCAACUUUGCAACUACACUACAUGACCAAAAGUAUGUGGACACCUGCACGUCGAACAUCUCAUUGCAAAAUCAUGGGCAUUAAUGUGGACUUGGUCCCCCCCCUCUGCUGCUAUAACAGCUUCCACUCUUCUGGGAAGACUUUCCAGUAGAUGCUGGAACAUUGCUGUGGGGACUUUCUUUCAUUCGGCUCGAAGUCAGCGUUCCAAUUCAUCCCAAAGGUGUUCGAUGGGGUUGAGGUCAGGGCUCUGUGCAGGCCAGUCAAGUUCUUCCACACCGAUCUCAAUAAACCAUUUUUGUAUGGACCUUGCUUUGUGCAUAGGAGCAUUGUCAUGCUGAAACAGGAAAGGGCCUUCCCCAAACUGUUGCCACAAAGUUGGAAGCACAGAAUCGUCAAGAGUGUCAUUGUAUGCUGUAGCGUUAAGAUUUCCCUUCACUGAAACUAAGGGACCAAGCCCGAACCAUGAAAAACAGCCCUAGACCAUUAUACCUCCACCACAUAUUACAUUUGACACUAUGCAUUGGGGCGGGUAUCGUUCGCCUAGCAUCCACCACACCCAGAUUUGUCCAUCAGACUUCCAGAUGAGGCGUGAUUCAUCACUCCAGAAAGUCCAAUAGCUUUUUUUAGUCUUGUGUGCAGCCAUGGAAACCCCUUUUUUGUGAAGCUCCUGACGAACAUUUCUUGUGUUGACGUUGCUUCCAGAGGCAGUUUGGAACUCGGUAGUGAGUGUUGCAACCGAGGACAAAUUAUUUUUACGCGCUUCAGCACUUGGCGGCCCCGUUCUGUAAGCUUGUGUGGCCUACCACUUCGCGGAUGAGCCGUUGUUGCUCCUCGACGUUUCCACUUCACAAUAACAGCACUUAUAGUUGACCGGGGUAGCUCUAGCAGUGCAGAAAUUUGACAAACUGACUUGUUGGAAAGGUGGCAUCCUAUGACAAUGCCACUUUGAAAGUUGCUGAGCUCUUCAGGCCAUUCUACUGCCAACAUUUGUCUAUGGAGAUUGCAUGGCUGUGUGCUCGAUUGUAUACAACUGUCAGUAAAGGGUGUGGCAGAAAUGGCCGAAACCACUAAUUUGAAAGGGUGUCCACAUACUUUUGUAUAUAUAUAUAUAUAUAUAUCAGCUAAAAAAUAAACGUACUCUCACUGUCAAGUGCGUUUAUUUUCAGCAAACUUAACAUGUGUAAAUAUUUGUAUGAACAUAAGAUUCAACAACUGAGGCAUACACUGAACACGUUCCACAGAUGUGACUAACAGAAAUGGAACAAUGUGUCCCUGAACAAAGGAGGGGGGUCAAAAUCAAAAGUAACAGUCAGUAUCUGGUGUGGCCCCAGCUGCAUUAAGUACUGCAGUGCACCAGAUUUACCAGUUCUUGCUGUGAGAUGUUACCCUACUCUUCCACCCAUGCAUCUGCAAGUUCCCGGACAAUUCUGGGGGGAAUGGCCCUAGCCCUCACCCUCUGAUCCAACAGGUCCCAUUGAGAUCCGGGCUCUUCGCUGGCCAUUCCUGUCUUGCAGGAAAUCAUACGAGCAGUAUGGCUGGUGGCAUUGUCAUGCUGGAGGGUCAUGUCAGGAUGAGCCUGCAGGAAGGGUACCUCAUGAGGGAGGAGGAUGUCUUCCCUGUAAAGCACAGCAUUGAGAUUGCCUGCAAUGACAACAAGCUCAGUCCAAUGAUGCUGUGACACACCGCCCCAGACCAUGACGGACACUUAACCAAAUCGAUCUCACUCGAGAGUACAGGCCUCGGUGUAACGCUCAUUCCUUCAACAAUAAAUGCGAAUCCAACCAUCACCCCGGUGAGACAAAACCAUGACUCGUCAGUGAAGAGCACUUUUUGCCAGUCCUGUCUGCAAAGGUUGGUUUGUGCCCAUAGGCGACGUUGUUGCCGAGGAUGUCUGGUGAGGACCUGCCUUUACAACAGGCCUACAAGCCCUCAGUCCAGCCUCUCUCAGCCUAUUUGGGACAGUCUGAGCACUGAUGGAGGGAUUGUGCGUUCCUGGUGUAACUCGAGCAGUUGUUGUUGCCAUCCUGUACCGCAGGUGUGAUAUUCGGAUGUACCGAUCCUGUGCAGGUGUUGUUACACAUGGUCUGCCACUGCGAGGACGAUCAGCUGUCCGUCCUGUCUCCCUGUAGCGUCUCACAGUACGGACAUUGCAAUUUAUUGCCCUGGCCACAUCUGCAGUCCAAUGAAGAUCUGUGAAGUUAUUUGGAUUUUUACGAAUUAUAUUUGAAAGACAGGGUCCUGAAAAAGGGAUGUUUCUUUUUUUGCUGAGUUUAUAUAGUGUACUCAGCAUGUUAAUUAACGUUAACAUCAAAUUGGAAUAAGUAAAAUAUCAUACGUAUUGCAUAUUUGUAACAUAUUGUAAUUCGUAAAAUACUUAUACAUCCUACAAAUCAUAUUAUAUUGUACGACUCAUAUUACAUUCGUAGGCCAAUGUCAUGUAACAUAAUAUACUGGUGUCAUACUAAAGUGAGCGGUAUGGAUUUUUGUAAGAUAUAAUACGUUUUGAUCUGACACCAAGUUGUCCCUCAGGGCUUUGACCGUUGCUGCAUCUGUGGAUCGCUCUGGAUGGGAGUCUGUCAGAUAACUAAUGUGAUGUAGAUGUCGAGCGGCUUCACUGCAAAUAGAUCGUAUGUUUUAAAUAUUCAACAAUGAUAAUAAAAUAAAAAGCUAUUCCUCUGCAGGAAGA